CUCAAAUACGGCGUUGUGCGGUAGGUGUAAAACGAGCUUUAAACGAUCAACUCGCCCUAAUUGUUUCGAUUGAGCUUUCCUCUUCCGCUCUGCUCUGCAAGGACGCCCUCAACCGACUUCGCGGCCUCAAAUUAGGGCCAAUUUCUUGAUUAGAGAGGGGUUUAGGGGCAAUGCUCACUCAAAUCUCACCUAGAAUUGCAUAAAUAGGCCAAGGGCUGAGUCUGUGACAAUGGGGUUAGAGGUCCGGUUGGAGCCGGCUUUCGGCCAGCUCUCGGUUGAGCGGGCGGUUAUGGGCUCAACUCCGCCGCAACGUCAAUUCUUGUUCCACCUUCAUGCGCCGGAUUCUUUGCACCUCGGAAUCCAUGUCACUGAUUUCCACUCUAAUACGUGGGAGGCUGUACGGUCGGUUAGUCAGUUGGAUGAUAUGCAGGACAGCAUUGGAAUAGGAGGCACUUGGUCGGAGUUCAUAGACUAUCUUGUCAAUUCCAUAAAAUCUGAGGAUACAAAGCUUGUUUUGGAGGGACCGUUAAACUCAGAUGGUGCUGCAGCUGCAAAGUUAGUUGCUCAGAAGGCUAAAGGAAUGCCUAAAAUUUCCAUUGCUAUGACAAAGCUUGUGGGCUCGGCUGCUACUGAGGCUAUUGCAAAUCUCUCUCUUCAGCUCUUCAAAGAGUUCAAAAGCAUCAACGAGUCUUAUGUAGAAGAACGUGAGCGGUCUAUGCAAUUGUCCAAAGUGGUAUCAGCAGAAAAGGAAAGAAACGACAGCAUCCAGAGCCAACUUGAGCUGUAUACUAAGAGGCAAAAGAUACAAAGGAUUGGUUCUUCGGACAUUAAUGGCGCACAAAACUCUCCAGAAAAACAAGCCACUAGAGAUACAAAAUCAACAAAAGUUGUUAAUCGGGUCGUGCCUGCAUAUCGCAGGGCAAAAGUACGUGGUGCUGUUCUGCAGGAUAUUGAAGAUGAAACUUAGUAAAAGCUUGUCAUUGACUUUUUAUUUAUUUAUUAUUUGCUUGUCAUUGACUCUUUUCUCUCUUUUUUCGGUACAAAGCUUGUCAUCACCUCUGGUGUGAAGUAGGAUUAUAAGUUUAGUGUAAAGGUUUUUUGGUAUUGAGUAUACUUGAUAUAUCUUGCCAUUAGAUUGAUAUACAAGACAUCAAGAUUUUUUCGAGUUUCA